GGGGUAUAAAAUACCCGGGUGCACCUUCCAAGGAGUCACAGAGCAGAGUGGCAACCGCAGCAGAAGCCAACAUGAAUCCUCUGAUCGCGUGUUUGAUCGUCGGUAUGGCAGGGCUUGCCCUGGCCGAGCCUCCAUCCGGCUACAACUACAACAGACCGAGCUUCGGCGGUAGCAGCGGCGGUGGUGGCUACUCCGGCGGUGGCGGCUACUCCGGCGGCGGUGGAUUCGGCGGCGGCGGUGGCUACACCCAGGUCUCCUCCGGAGGCUACCAGUCCAGCGAGGGCGCCAACGUCGACCCCCAGCUCCUCGAGCAGCUGAAGGCCAUCAUCAUCAAGGAGGAGGCCAGCAGCGGCGCCAGCAGCGGCGGCUACAGCAGCGGCGGUGGAUAUCCCAGCGGCGGUGGAUACCCCAGUGGCGGACCUAGCUCGAGCUACGGUGCUCCUAGCUCCAGCUACGGACCCCCCAGCUCCAGCUACGGUGCCCCGAGCUUCGGAGGUGGCCGCGUCGUCGGAAUCGACUUCGAGGGAAUCCGCCAGGGUAUUGAAGUCGCCCAGCUCCACCAAGUCAGCCAGGGAUCCGGCGGUGGCUACCCCAGCGGACCCAGCGGCGGUGGAUACCCCAGCGGACCCAGCGGCAGCUACGGCGCCCCCAGCAGGCCCAGCGGCAGCUACGGUGCCCCCUUCUAAGCGCAGCUAACUCCACAAGCCCGCGCGCCACCCGCUCCCUGGCAGAAGUUCGCUGGAAUUGUGACACGCUCGCGAGUUGGUGACAUCCGGCGCCGUGAACUUGAACACGCGGAGAACCGAACUCCUGCCAAGGACGCACACACAACCACAAGAAAGAAGAAUUACGAGGGAGAUAAAACGCGCCGCGACCGAGAGGCCGACGAGCUUCCCAAGUUCUCGACCGAGUGCUACGCUCCCGAGUGAUCAAGAUCAAGGGGGCGCGAAGAAGACACACAAACACGCGCACGCACACCUCGGGAAGUUUGGAAGAGCGUCGCUCUUGGCACCAGAUCGAUGGUUGCGCUUCGCCAUGACCUCACGAGACGCUCGUUCGACGGGAGACAUACUUGUGCGGCGGUGAAACGAGUCUCGUUCGAGAGGUCGACACCUCAGCAUCAUCUCAGAGGUGCCCAACAAGAAAGCCGCGAAAGACGAGGAGUCUAUAUCACACCAUCCAGCCGCGGUCUCGUUCUAAUCGCUCCGGAACGAGAGCCGCGCGCACAACUAUUCGUAGAUGCUAGUAUAAUACAGUCGCAGAGAGGAGGUCGCACGCUCGCAAUAACGCUGCAGGAUUUCAGCGGGCCAAGUUCAACACACACACUUACGCGGACGACGACGCGCAAACGAAGCCAAUGAGAAACGGACGGAAGUCCGGAGGACAAAAUGAAGACGGGGGGAGGAAUUUACGAUUAUAUUUUAUACGAUAUGUACGUGAUUCGCGCUUGCGAGCGCCUUGUAAAUAUACGAAUUACACUCUCUCACAUACACACACAGGCGCGCGCUGCCGACGUCGCGGCGUUCGCCGAGCUCGCAGCCGGUCGGCCCUCCGAAACUCACCACGGAGAGCAAGAUCGUCUCCGCAAGCGCGCCCACGUAUAACACACACGAUCACGGAGGCCGGCCAGAGGCGAGCAGGCUCCGCGCGUCGAGCACGUGCUGAAACACAAGAGAUACACUAUAUUUUUUUUACCUACUUUGUAUAAUGCUAUUCUCUCCUUAACCACGCAUUUUUUGUACUUGUAUAAAGGCUUUUUUUGUAGAAAAAUAAAAAAACGUCGCCACCGUUAAAAAAAACA